CUUUAUGAAAGGCGAGAUCCUCUCCACUGGUCUGGCAGAUCUUUAAAACACCAGUUUUGUCGCUGAGACAGAGCUUGAGGACGCUCUCAUCUCUCUCUCUCUCAUCUGUCUUGUUGUGUCUCGGUGAGUGUUGGGGCUUUUACCUCCGGCUGUCUUCGCCCUCCCGCUCCGCUCCGACAACACAAACUACGGGGACGAGCCAAAAGGACUCGACGCUAGCCUACAAGGGAAGUGGGGCUCCGUCUUCUCUUUCAUCAGGCAGAUGCUCCCAGCCGCCCAGCUUGACAGGAGCGAUGGGAUGUGUCAACUAGCAGAUAAGGCAGCUCUGGACGAUGUAAUCGGACUGACGGACUCAUCUGCAGUGUUGAUACAAGAGCGAGACAAAGGAGGGACAGAGAGAGAGCAAGAGGAGGAGGAAGACAUUGAAGGCAAUAGGAUGGGCGUGGGGAAGAACACCACCUCCAAGACGAUGGACAGCAGCAGUGAGGGAGGAAAAUAUGAAGAGGAGAGCAAACAUGGAGCAGAUUUCUACCCGAUUCCGGUGGUGGUGAAUGGAGUGAGCGGGGCCAGUGGAGACCAGGACACUGAGAACACGGAGCUGAUGGCAAUCUACACUAAAGAUACUCAAGGAGCCGAAAAGAGCUCAAUGUCAGAGACGCUGGACAGCACUGACAGUGUGGAUGCAAGGAGGAUGGACAUGAUCUACACCAUUGAGGACACCCCACCAUGGUAUCUGUGUGUGUUUUUAGGCUUACAGCACUACUUGACAUGUUUCAGUGGAACGAUAGCGGUGCCGUUCCUCCUCGCUGAGGCGAUGUGCGUCGGUUUUGACCAGUGGGCCACCAGCCAGCUGAUAGGGACAAUCUUCUUUUGUGUGGGGAUCACCACCCUGCUACAGACCACACUGGGCUGCAGGUUGCCUUUGUUCCAGGCCAGCGCUUUCGCCUUCCUCGCACCAGCCAGGGCCAUUCUGUCGCUGGACAAAUGGAAGUGUAACAGUACAGUGGUUCCAGAAAUGAAUAGCACAGAGCUCUUCCACACUGAGCACAUCUGGCACCCCAGGAUACGAGAGAUCCAAGGAGCUAUCAUCGUGUCGUCUCUGGUCGAGGUGUGUAUCGGGGCACUGGGUCUACCCGGGAUUCUGCUAAAGUACAUCGGACCUCUAACCAUCACCCCCACUGUAGCCCUCAUCGGCCUGUCUGGUUUCCAGGCUGCAGGGGAGAGGGCUGGAAAACACUGGGGCAUCGCUAUGCUGACUAUCUUCUUGGUGCUGCUCUUCUCCCAGUACGCAAGAAAUGUUCACUUCCCUCUGCCAAUCUACAAAGCAAAGAAAGGAUGGACCUCCUAUAGGCUGCAGGUCUUCAAAAUGUUCCCUAUCAUCAUGGCCAUCCUGGUUUCAUGGCUGAUGUGCUUUAUUUUCACUGUGACGGACGUUUUCCCACCUGAGAAGGACAAGUACGGUUACUACGCCCGCACAGAUGCACGUCAAGGGAUCAUCGCAGCUGCACCGUGGUUCAAGAUCCCAUAUCCGUUCCAGUGGGGAUUUCCUACAGUAACAGCUGCAGGUGUGAUCGGCAUGAUGAGCGCGGUGGUUGCCAGCAUCAUCGAAUCGAUUGGCGAUUAUUACGCCUGCGCCCGUCUCUCUUGUGCUCCACCACCUCCCAUCCAUGCCAUCAAUAGGGGGAUAUUUGUAGAGGGUAUUUCCUGUGUGCUGGAUGGACUCUUCGGGACAGGAAAUGGUUCAACCUCCUCCAGUCCAAAUAUAGGCGUUCUGGGUAUUACGAAGGUGGGCAGCAGACGCGUGAUCCAGUAUGGAGCUGCCAUGAUGCUGCUGCUAGGACUUGUGGGUAAAUUCAGUGCCCUGUUCGCCUCUCUGCCUGAUCCUGUCCUGGGAGCUCUUUUCUGCACCUUGUUUGGCAUGAUAACGGCGGUGGGACUGUCCAACCUGCAGUUUAUCGACCUAAACUCCUCCAGGAACCUCUUUGUUUUGGGCUUCUCCAUCUUCUUUGGGCUGAUGCUGCCGAGCUACCUCAAACAGAACCCGCUGGUCACAGGCAUUGUUGGGGUUGACCAGGUGUUGAACGUUCUCCUCACCACUGCCAUGUUUGUCGGAGGCUCCGCUGCUUUCAUUUUGGACAAUACUAUCCCUGGUACUGCUGAAGAACGAGGCCUCAGGAAGCUGAAACGUGGCUCUGGUCUCAGUGCAGCAGAGCUGGAAGGGAUGAGAUCUUAUGACCUGCCAUUUGGAAUGGAUUUCAUCCGUAGACACCCCAUCUUCAAAUACAUCCCCAUCAGCCCCACCUUCACAGGCUAUCAGUGGGGGAGGCUACGGGAAGCCUGCAGCAGCAGGAUGGGACAUGGGGAUGCGGUGAAGGGAGGAGGAAUUGGAGGGGAGGGUGGAACAUCACCGGGGGAGAGUGGGGUAUAGCCAAUGGGCUGGACCUGAAAGAUGCCAAAUCUGGCUGAAUUUUGGGAGCGAGGGAUCGUACACUAAGAUAAAAGGAUGGGAGUUUGGAGGACAGAAAUGGUGCAGGAUUUGGGAUCGUGUGGAAGAAAAUGUGACGCACCAACCCUUGUCAGUUUGUGUUUUCUUUAGCUUGUGUCAGUCUUUUCCCACUUCCCACUAUGCUAUUUUGAGCAUGCCAUUGCAAGUUCACAGCAUGCUGUAAAAGAUGUCACCAUGCGGAGGUUGGUUGGUGUGUAUGCAUGUGUGUACAAUAUGCAGCCAGAGAUCACGGGUUUGUGCGUUAAUUUAUGUGUACUUUAAUCCAGACGAGAGACAGAUGGAUGUCAAACAAUCAAAGCUGAAUGUUUGAUGAUUCAUUAAUUCGUAAUCACUGUUAACUUGUACUGCCCGAGUCAUUUUCAUAAAACCUAUUAUGUCAAUUAAGGAUUAUGCAAAAAUUCUGUAUGAAUCAUUUGCCUCUAGACUUGUUAUGCAACCAUGUUAGAGAUACACACACACACACACAUGGACACACACCAACAUCCUCUCCAAAACUAGCUUGAGCGCUUUAAUGCAAGUCGGGUUCUUUUAGGUUGAUGGAAGUGGUUUGUCAGGUGCCCUUAGCCACACACAGUGAUUGUGAAAUUUGUUUUUACACUCUCUGCCUCCUGAUUCAGAAUAAGAAUGUCACUCCACAGCUCACCCCUCAGAGACGUAUUUACAGCACAUCACGUCAGAUCAUGUCGUUGGGGGGGGGGCUAAUAUUCACCUGAUGCCCUGUGAGAAAGGGCAAACAGUCAGUAACAUACCAGUUUACAUCUCUUUACUGUGACAGUAUUACUCAGCAUUUACUAACACGACCCAAACUCCUCCUGAACACACCAUCAUCUCAUUUGGCAAAUCAAAUGGGAGAUAACCUGAUUUUAUUCAUUAUGAAAAAUGAAUUUGGCCAGAUUUUGAUUUGAUAACCUGAAUUGUCUCUUCUAAUAUAUGUACGCACUUGCAUAACUGAAUCUCAAUGAUCCCUUUACUGUUGUGAUGACAGCAGUAUGUUUGUGAAAGCUACAAUAAUGGCACACAAUAAUGCUGAAAUGUGGCCUUGUCAGAUAAAUUACAAGUCCUGUGUGCAUAAAUACUAAGCUUAAAAAAAAAGAUAUAUUACAGGAGAAUUAAAUGUUUUUUGAUCCCGUGACUGUCGCAGAGCUCCCUGAUCAUCUGUGUGGAUUAUCUGUCACAGUUUUACAUGGUCACUCAUGCCCUGUUUUUAGCUGUAGCGUUAAUAUAGGAUCUACAAAGACUGCACCAUGAAUAAUAUGCCCCUGCAAUUGUCCAAACCCACCUGGUGUUUCCAUUUGUGAUAAUAAGUUUGCUGCAAAGAAGUAAUGGUGAUGAUUUUGUUUGGAAAUUCAAAGGUUGAAGGUGUUGUUGAUCUCAUUCUGUUAGAUUGUCUAGAUUGUCAUCCAGCAUUUGCCAUUAACAAUUUUCACUUAUUCAGUGGUGUUGACUUUCCCUUACAUUCCUCCUCCUCCUCCUCCCAUCCUUAGUCACCCAUACGUCUCCCGCUCUCGUCCCACUUCAUGUGUAGUUUACUGCUGAUGUUUGUUACAGGUCAUGCCUGUUUUAUAGUUCAGGCUGUGGCAGCACAUUUGGCACGUGAGGAAUCCCUCAGUCUCAAAUGCACCUUAUUGACGAAGUUGUGCCACCCCGAUAGAUUCCGAUUUGACCGCACUGUGUGCCUCUGCUGUUUUUCAUUAAAUUGAUACUACUUCAUAGUGGUUAAAAAAAAUACCACAGAAGAGUUUGCAAAAUGUUGAUUUUAUAGAAAUAAAAAGUAGCACAAUGAGAAAAUUAACAGCUAAAAAAGUACAAAAUGUUUAGUCCAACUGAGAUGUUUACUAACCAAAAACCAUACCAAUUACCAUGUACCAAAAGUUUUCUUUUCAACUUACUUUGUAAAAGUAAAUUGUCACUAUCAAGAAACGUGAUUACAUUGAAAUCUCACCCCAAAUUUCCUCACAUCUCUUGUGUUAAACCUAUUUAUUUAUUUAUAAGAAGAAAGUUGAUGUUUGAUUAUUUGAAGCAGGUUUAUGUGUCUCUUGCACAAUAGUGAAAGUAUAUUUAUUAGUUUAUUCGUUCGUGCCCUGUUAAGAUUGCUGUGACGAUUUACCCCCUCCUGCCCUUGGCCUCAGUGACAGUCGGUGCUUUUAGAAACACACCUAGAGAAAGUAGCUUUUCCUAAAGGUAGUUUCUGGCCUGAGAUGUGAGCUGCUGCUAUUUCAUUCCAUUUAUAUAAUGUUUUCCUUUUAAACACAAAACACUUAUUGAACUGGACAGUUGAGUCGAAUUUCAAAAGUCAGGGCCUUUUACUACAAGUACUGUUUGCACAUGAAAAGGUGCCAAGAACAUCAGGAUUAUGGUGAAUAAUAUUCACUAACCUGAAACUCUAAAAUAUCCCUAGAGUGCUUAUCCAAAUUUAUAGUAAAGUAUGAACAUUUUUUGUUUGUUGACCUGAAGACAAGUGACUGUAACACUUGGAUACUGAAUACUUUUGGGCCUUAGUCGUUGACCUGGCUAGCUUGUGACAAAUCUAAAACCUCACCAUCAUUGUCUAAAUGUUGGCUGUGCUCAGGACUGGCAGCGGGACAGCUGUAAAAGCAGUUUUACAAUGUUAAAUUAGCAGUGUGUUUACAGGCACAUCGGCUGAUACCUUGCUCCGUGAGAAUGGAUGAACAAGUCGAGGUCUUCCCUCUCAUAGGAGUGAAGGGAGGUUUGAUCAUUUUCAGCACCUCUCGUAGUGAUCUGUUAGUACAUGGCCUGCACACGUAAAAAUAAUCACAUGCACAGUGGUGUGACCUUGUUUUGUCAUGUCAUAUUCAUGCAACCAGCGCUUACAUCCUCUCUCCUCACACUUUUUGUUUGUUUGUUUUUUUUAAUGCCCGCACCCCACAGCCCUAACCCAGUCCUGCAGUGAAAAUAUAUAUUGGUGUCCUCUCAUGUUUGGUGUACCUGUUUUCCUCCCCGGGAAUUCUUACUGUUGAUGUUUCUGAAUGCAGGAGAAGACUUCGGCUGGCCACCUUAUUUAAGAGCCUGUUGGUCAUUGGCAGCUGAGUGAAGUUGUCAUAGAAACCUGAUGAGCAUUGGAGGUCUUUAUCUGUGCCUACAAGCAGCUUCCUCCUGAUUGGAGUUUUGAUUUUCAUUUAACGGUCCUUAACACGUGUUUUUUUCAUGUAGUCAUGAUAGAAUUGGUCUACUUAACAACAUAUUUUACAAGUCCAGACCCUCUACCUUGAGGGUUUAAAGGCUUGCAUUACAUACAAGUCAAUUUAGGCAACAGAUGGCUCUUGAUAAGGUGGCCACAAGGUGUAACACAAAGACAUCAGUCCCUUUCAGUUAUUUUGAAGGGGGUGCUACCUGAAGAAUAUACUUUUGUGUAUUAAGUGUUUUAUCUUUUUAAAUGUUUUUGUUUUUUUAUACAUCAUUUUUAUGUUUUUGCUAGCAAAUAUUUGUAAGAAACAAAUUAUAACUUUUAAUCUUAAAUCAUGCUGGAAAACGCACCAUUUUGUUGUACUUUUAUUUAAAAAGUAAAUACAUUUUGAUCCUAUUUUAAAUCCGUGGUUUGGUGGAAUCAUUUGGUUUGUUUGUUAGGACCUUUUUCAUAUGUAUUUUUUUACUCUUAACAUUGCUUUCUGUCCAUUUUAACACAUUACCGGUAUAAAUCAAAGAACAAGCUGAGAAACUUUAACUAGAUGUAAAAACAAAAAAAAACAAUUAAUAAAUGUAUAUUUAAUGGAGUAAAGUUUGCUAAACAACCUGGAAGAGAAAUUGUGUAAACUAAUUGUAGCAACAAAAUGUUCUAUUCUUUGUUCCUAAAACUAUUUAAUAAGAUGUUACAGAAUGAAUGCAGUCUUUUGUCUUCAUUUUUUUCACAUGGAAAAUCAAGGAAAACAAAAACAAGUUUUUUAGGUUUUGUAAAUGCACAACUUAUUUUCAUCUCUAUCUCUCUCAUCUCUGGCAUCAUUGACUGUGCCGAUGUUGCACCAAAAUCCGCCAUAUUCUGUGACAUUUGAGGUUCAACUCUGGGUUGACCAAAUAUUACAGAAUCCUCAUAUUAAUCUUUUAAUCUGAUAUCUUGUCAAAUUCACUUUUCCAUAAAGAGACAAGCUUGCCAUUGGCUACAAACCUAUAUGGUUGCUGCUUUAUAUGAAAUGUCAGUUUUGGAUUUUUACCUUGAUAUAGACAACUACAACUCCUAUUUUGACAUUUUUAUUUCAGAACGAGAGCCACUAUUUUCAGAAUUAUGUUAUUUUGCUGCAACAGCCCUCAUUUAAAAUAUACGUACAGUACCAAUCAAACGUUUGGACACACUUUCUCAUUAAGGAAAUAGGAAGGUGUGUCCAAACAUUUGACUGGUUCUCUAUAGUAUUGGGGGUUGUGUUUUGUUUUGGUUUUUUGGGGGGUUUCUUGGUUUGUUUUUUAGUUUGUUAGAAUGUUGGUUUUCUUAUCAAUAUAGAAUGAAUACAAAUAACUCAAUUCAAUGUUCCAGAGCAAGACUUGGUCAGAAACCAUAACAAACAGACCACAUCAGGCAAAGGGUAAAGACAAAUAUUUCUCUGUUUGGUCCUUUCUAUUAUUUUGUCAGACACUUAUAAUAACAAUCAGAGCCUUUCAGUGGCCAAAACAAGCCGUUAUAGUGGACACACACUGAUGGCACACAGUUGCUCCAAGUUAUUACAUUGCUGCAGCACUGUCGCUCAAUACUGGACUAAACUCAAAAACUGUUGUCCCCAUUAGUUGCUUAGUAACAAGAUGGGAAAAUAGGGUCAUGUUUUAACCCCUGUGACCUGAACUUUUGUUUGGUAUGCAUUUUUAAUUUCUCCUAGAUAUUUGGGAUUAGUAGAACCGGAUAAGUAUAAAACUAAGCAUCAUCUUUAAACAGGAAAUAGUUUUUGAAAAAAAUAUUGUCCUGUACAAUGGGGACAAUGGGUUUAUUUUACUGUUUAACAAAUAAUUCACCAGUGUAUAAAGCUAUUUUUUUCCUUACAUUUACUCCAACAUUAAUAAAGUCCCAAUGUCCUCAAACAAGUACUUCCUGAUUAGCAGUGUCGUAGCUUGUUGUUAUUGCUAAAAUUAGUUACAUUUGUACAGCAUAUCAAACUACAAACAUUGUUAAGCAUAAAUAUACAAAUUUCAACCAUAAAAUUUGAAAGGUUUUGCACCUGGUCCACUUUUGUCUGGGGAUCGGCUGUUGAUUGACUUGGCCAAGAUGCCUGCCAUCUGGUUUUCACAAUGAUUUUUACACUGUAUUGUGCUUUUGCUACCACUAGGUGGCACAAAAGUGUGCACGAACAAGACAAUAGGUCAAAGUUAAGCAGAGUGAAGUGUAAGCAGGGGCAUAGCUAGGGGGUGGCUUUUGGGGUUGCAGCCCCAAAUGUUUUCUUAAAAGCCCUGUAUCUUCAACCAGCUGCUAACUUCAGUUGAGACAGUGUUACUGAGUGAAAUGUUAAAUAAAAAUGAAUGCAAUAUUUUUUGUUUUCCUUUUCGUCUAAUGCCUUAUUUAUUAUUUUAUAUCUAUGUGCACUCUAUUUGGAAAAUAGUUAGGACCAAAAUAAAUCUCUACUAUAACUAAUGUUUGCAGUAGUCAUACAAUGCAGUAAAUUUAAAUUCUGCACAAGUGAACCAUCCAAAAAAAUACUGGCCUUGGCUCUGGGCUUAGCCCCAUACAUUGUCAACUACUAGACCUGCCCCUGAGUUUCAGCUCCAGCAAACCCAAAAUGUAAUGUCCCCAUAUGAGGAUGCAGGGUCGCAGGCAGUUAAAAAUAAGUUCCCUUUAGGUUUAUCAUCAUUUUGAUUUACCAAGAGUAUCUUUUUAUUUUUUCUGGCUGACCUGAGCUUCCAUACGUCCCACAUAUUACAUGAUUAGCGUUAUUAACCUACACU